AUGGCUUCCCAGGAACGAAUUGCCGUCCACAACCUCGCGGACCUAAAAAACACAUCCGACGAUGCGAUCCCCAACUACCUCAACUCGCUCAAGUUCAAGCAGGACCACAGUCUAAUCGACACGCGGCUCGCCCUCGGGUACGGCGCCUUCGCCAUCGCUGCUGCUUGCUUCGCCUGGGACUACAAGCUCGGCUUCGAGGCUACCAAAUACUACACUGCUGCCGCCGUCGCCGUUUACGCCCUGCUAAACGGCAUCCUAACGUACUGGAUCGGCUUCGUGGAGAAGGGCACGGUGUACCAGGGCGUUGCGCCGGACGGAUCGAAGAUCUCAAUAUCCACAUCGACGAAUAAAAACGUCCCAAUAUAUAACGUCAAGAUCACCGUGACGCCUAAGAACGGCGCACCAGAAACGAUUGAACUAGCGCGGUCGUUCACGGAGUGGUUCGACGUGCAGGGUCACUUCAUCGCGCGGCCCUUCCAAACCGUCUUCGCCACGGCCGUGCCGUUGGUCGCAAAGGCCGAUCCCAAGCGGGUGCAAGCCGCUGCACCAGUACCUGAUUUUCUAAAUGCGGAUGCAGAUGUCCUAGAUGCCAUCGCAGCUUCUCAGUCUACGUCUACUGGUGCUGAGGCGGCGUCAGCUAGCAAAAAGUCGAAGCGCAGAAAGGCGUAG